CAACUUUUAGUUUCAGUUAGGCGAACGAAACGAAACAGACCCAAUUUACUAGUCACAUCGUCGUCAGCAAAUUGAAGAUUGUCAUUGAAAUACAGCAUUAGAGAAAUACAUUGGAUAAUUCACAAACUCUCAAAUAGACAUGGAUGUAAACUCUAUGGACGUACAAAAUGAAUCAGAUAAUCGCAACGAGAUCUUAAGGAUGAACAACAGGCAAUUGGCGGACACUUUGAGUAAGACGCAGCAAAUUAAUACUUGUUUGCAAAAUUCCUUGCACAAGAUGCAUGAAGACUUGUUUGAGUCUGAGGCCGAAAGGAGGAUGCUCAACAACAAGUUGCUUGAUAUGCAGAGCAACAUAGUUGGAUUAACUUCGUUACUGGGCAAACUUGCCCAAGACAAUCAAAAACUGGUAAAACUGUGCGCGUCCAUCAAAGAUACAACAAACGCCGCUGAAUUUGCUUACAAAGAAUUGAAGUCCUUGGCAUUGGGCAAUAACCAAGACGAAAAAGAGACUGACACAUUGGAAAAUACACCGUCUCAAAAUGAAAUUCCUCUGGGCUCGACUUCUCACAGUUCUUGUGAAAGCAGCACACAAACUAGUCCUGAAAAUGUAUAUGUGAACUCAAACUUGAAUCGUUUCCAGUUUCAGCCCAACCCAGAAGAAAAUAUUGCUACUUUUAAAGAAGUUCAGAAUAAAACCAACGACGGGGAUAAGGAAGCAGCAGAGCAAGGUGAAAUAACACCAAUAAAAAAAACUGAUAAAAAAUAUAUAUACACGAUUGGUCAAACCCCAAACUCAAAUGAGAAAAUUAAGAAUGUGAUUCGUAAUUAUAAGGAGAAACGCAAUAAUUCUUCAACCAAGGUUUCUGAAAAAGAAACAAACCUUGCUGGAAUGGCUAAAGUUACCCAUACUGAGAUGCGUCAGCCAAAUACCACGGUAAAACAAGAGACAAAAUAUAAGUUUACAAAAUUUUUGCUAAGUAGAAGAAAUCUGUUUCAAGAUAGUAUGGUUAAAGACAAAGAAAAUUGUUGCCCAGAUAAUAAUGAACCAAAUGAUCAAAUUGCUUCCAGAGAGAAGGAAGUAGUGCAAUCAAAAUCUAAAAAUGAAGCUAUUAACAUUUCUAAUAUUGAUUGUCAUGAAAGCUUAAUUGGUGAUGAUGCUUUUAAUAUUUCUACAUUUACGUUUGCCGGGGAUCUAGAUGAAAUAAACAAUGGAGACGACUCGGAAGACAUGCAUAACAAUUCGAUUUUAAAUACUACCAUUGUUGGGGACACUUCCAUAAAGGAACGUACUAGAUCAUCGGACAGAGAUGUAUCAGCCAGAAAGACUAAGAAAUAUUCGCCAGGACGCCUAUCAUUUAGUCCUAAUGAUAUACCGAGAAGAUCCGUCAGAAUUGCCAAAAAGACAGAUAAUCAAACUCCUUAAAAUCAUUUCGAAGUUUAAUAAGAAUAGUAUCCAGUUUACCAGUCAUCCAGUAGAUGAACUAAAUUUGUGACUAAAGUGCAUUUAAAUUUUAUAUUCGUUUGUCGGUUUUAACUUUAUUUUACUUUUACCGUAUACAAAUAUAAUUUUGUUGCGACUGAGGGGAAAAAUUCAUGUAAAAUAUGAAAACAAAUUGAAAAAGGUAUAUUGGAUAUCAUGAUUUAAUUUUGUUCGGCAGUCCGAUCUCAUUUUCAUGAGAAAUGUUUUGUUGAUGGGAAAAAACCUUUCACAGCAUUGAAAGUUCGUUUGAAUAAAAAUGUGUUCUCUAUGAUUUGAUCUGUUUGAAUACUACUGGUAAGCUGGUCUACUGAAUAUUAUCAUAACGAACCUCCUAGGGGUGAAAAAAGGGAAUAUACAAAAAUGUGAUUAGGAGUGGAUUUCACAAUUUUUUACCAAUUUUUUUAUUUUACAGAAAUUAUUAGAACCUUAUUAGUGUAAUUUAGAAUUUGAGUUUAUAUUUAUAUUAUUUUUAUUUUAUGUAUUCUAUAAAUAUAUAUCUUAUUUAUCAA